AUUCUGAAGUUUUGGCUCGGCUUUUAACGACUGCUUCCGGUAACUCGAAGACUCCAACAGGACGAAACUUGCUGCUGUUUUUUUCUCAUGUUUUGUGUUAGAUGGCUCAAAUAAAAGACAAAGAAGCUUACCAAAGACUGAACUAUCUUUACCAGGCGGCUCAUUGCGUUUUAUCUGAAAACGCUGAAAACGUGAAGCUGGCUCGUUUCUACUGCUUCACACAGAGGACCAUAGCGAGACGUUUAGUUCUCAGACAAGAUCCGUCAGUGAAGAGAACAUUAUGCAAGAAGUGCUGCUCAUUGCUGAUCCCGGGCGUAACUGCUACAGUACGACAACGAAGAAAGAACAGCAAGACUCGCUUCACUGUUAUGAGGUGCCUGAGCUGCGGACAGAGCAAGACGUUACUGAAUAAUCCAGAUCAUUGUUUGUGGGUCGACCGCCCCGAGGCUCAGAUGGAGCAACGAAAGCAGCCAGAUCAAGGUCCCCCCUCUAAGAAUCAGCCAAAAGAGAAAAAAACGCCGGAUGGAUCGGCGUCUUCUAAACACGGUGCUGCUCAGAGCACUGCAAGUACAUAACUGCAUAUGAAGGACUGAUAUUCCUCUGACUGAUAUCCAGCGUCUAUAAUCUGAGGAAGUAGUUUGAUAUUAUUUAAAUGACACUCUUUAAUUCUGUAUUUUGGUAAUUUAUUUAGUCUGUGGCCUCUGUGAGAUCAGUUUCAGCAUCUUUGUGCAGUGUGUUCAUGUUUCUUGCAGUCAUUCUUUAUUCUACCAGCAGAUGGCCAUCAUGUGGAUUUACAGAAAUUAUGUUUUCAAAAGGAAACGCUUGUUGAUACGAAAGGUUUUAUUGAAAACAGCCAACAAGAAUGGAAAAUAAUUUUUUAUGCUUAUUAUUUUUUGUACAA